GUCGUCGUGCCGCCGCUCCUGGCCCAGUUCCUGCGGCCCCACCAGCGCGAGGGCGUCCAGUUUUUGUACGACUGCGUCGCGGGCCUGCGCGAGUACGCCCACGACUACAGCGGCCAGGGCGCGAUCUUGGCCGACGACAUGGGCCUCGGCAAGACGCUCCAGACCGUCGCGCUCGUCUACGCCCUGCUCCAGCGCGGGUCCGUCGGCGACGGGAGCCCCGUGAAGCGCAUCGUCGUCGCCUGCCCCUGCUCCCUCGUGCCCAACUGGAAGGCCGAGUUCGACAAGUGGGUCAACGCGCGCGCGGCGACCAAGUCCGAGCGCGUCGACUGCCGCGCGGUCGACGGCAAGGUCGGCGAGGCCAUCGACGCCUUCCUGUCGCCGGGGCGGCCCUUUCACGUGCUCCUGAUCUCCUACGAGUCGCUCAAGCUCCACGUGGCGAAACUCUCCGCGUCCGCGACGGCCUGCGAUCUCCUCGUCUGCGACGAGGCGCAGCGCUUGAAGGGCCGGAAGACGCAGCUCAGCGCCGCGCUCGGGUCGUUGCGGUGCGCGCGGCGCAUCUUGCUGACGGGCACGCCGGUGCAGAACGACCUGGACGAGUUCUUCGCGCUCGCGGACUUUGCGAACCCGGGCGUGCUCGGGACGCCGGACGCGUUCCGCAAGACCUUCGACGCGCCCAUCGCCAAGGGCCUGCUCCGCGGCGCGGCCCCGGGCGACGUCAAGCUGGCCCAGGACCGGCAGAAGAUUUUGAGCCUGAUCGCGGGCCGCUUCCUGCUGCGCCGCGAGAACAAGCUGAACGCGGCGCACCUGCCCCCGAAGCUCGUGCAGGUGCUCGUCUGCCGGCCCGCGGCGCCGCAGCGGCGCGCCAUCGCCGCGCUGUUGGGCGAGAAGCGGCUCCAGCACGCCCUGGCGGGGAAGCAGGCCGACGUCCUGGCCUACAUCGGCCGCUACAAGAAGAUCUGCGACCACCCGUCGCUCGACGACGACGCGGGCUGCGACGCGCGCGCGCGCUUCUCCAGCGAGCGCAAGAGCGGCAAAUUGCACGUGCUCUACCGGUUGCUGCGCGAGCUGCGGGGCAACGGCGGCCAGGAGCGCGUCGUCGUCGUCGCGAACCAGACGUCGAGCCUGGAGCUCGUGUCGCGGCUCUGCUCGCGCGAGGGCUGGCCGUGGUGCAUGCUGGACGGCAAGACGCCGCUGAAGCAGCGCAAGCUCCUCAACGACGAGUUCAACGACCCGGCCUGCGAGCACCACUUCUGCUUUCUAUUGAGCUCGACGGCCGGCGGCUGCGGUCUGAACCUCAUCGGCGGGAGCCGUCUGGUGCUCUUCGACUCGUCGUGGAAUCCCGCGACGGACAAGCAGGCGGCCGCGCGGUGCUGGCGCGACGGCAACCCGCGGCGCUGCUACACCUACCGCCUGCUGACGGCGGGCACCAUCGAGGAGAAGAUCUACCAGCGCCAGCUCGCCAAGGAGGGGCUCGCGUGCGUCGUCGAGGACCGCGCGCAGGUUAAUGUGUUCGAUGCGGACGAGCUCCACAACCUGUUCGCCUUCGACGACGCGGCGACGUCGGACACGCACGCCUGCCUGGGCUGCGCCUGC